AGGGGAAAGGCUAAAAUCAAAACAAAAUUCAAGAAACAGAGACAACAAGAACCAGAUUGUGAGGACGAAAAACUUGAAUCAAUCACCAUUAGGUACAACGGCAAAGACCAUGUGCUCGAGCUCCCGAAGAAUGGUGACGCUAAAAUCAUCUGCCAAAACAUCAAGCGCGAAACUGGCGUGAAAGGCUCAUUCUAUGUGCAAUUCGGUGAUCAAUCAAGCAACUAUAUUUACUGCUCGAGUGUUACUAGAGGAAAUAUAGCUAAAGUCGCAGAGAAACUUUUUAGCGUCACGGGAGGAAAUGGUAAGUUCUUUGAAUAAUUUCCUGGGCCGCGAAAGUUUCUAGAACUCGCACCUGAUCUGAACCCAUGAAAGGAAAGUAUCAACACUGGUUUCUGAAAGAGACGUUUUGGCAGUAUUUGGGUGAACGUAAAAACGUGAGAUAAUUUUUCCGCGAAGUUUUGUCGCUGUAUAAAUCUAUGAACUGAGUGAACAAAGCCCUGUCCAUUCAUAUCCAGAUUUGGAAUAAAUCGGCCAACAUCUUGUUGUAGGUUCAAAAAAACUCGCGUCCAAACGUAGCCUCCCCCCUUGAUGCGAAGGAUAUGAAGGAGAGUUUUUUACACGGAUUUACCUCGAUUAAUCUAAAAUUCUUCCUCUGAUGUUUGGCUAGCGCUCAUUCCUAGGUACCGGUGCGGCAGAAAAACGUGACGUGUUUAGAUAUACACGUGUUUCUAUCGGGUUCGGGGGGGAGGAGGGGGUGGGGUGAGAUGAAUCCCCAGAAGAGUUGGGCUAUGCAUGGCCAGAGAAGUAGUUUUUGUAGGCAUAAAUAUGUUUUGGGCCCGACUCAGACCCAUUUUAGCCCAAUCCGCUAAGGAGGGUUAAAAUGAGCUCUGGAGAGGACCCAAAAAAUAGUUAUAAAUGAGUAACAGCAACAUACUGCUGGGAGGGGGGACCCUGAGAUGGACUAGUAUCCGAUCCAGGGGGGAGUAACAACACCCCUAAGUAUGCUUCAUGUUAAGGAUACUGGGAUAAGCUCCAGCUGUUUGGACCUUUGGCUCAUGUAUGCCUUUUUUUUGUACACCACACAUGUAGACAGCUCACCACCAAGGUUCAAUGUCAUCCAGUCCAGAAAAUAUACUCUGUCCAAGACACUGCAUACCCCAUUUAUAAGACUGAAGACCCUGUAAACUCAUAUAACCUGUUUGGCAGCAUUUUUAGGUUAAUCAAGGGAGUGCCCCUUAGGUGUAAAGAAUGCCUACUGUAUUAUUAUUAUUGUAGACCUCAGUUAUGUCAUUGUCUGUUCAUAGCAUUAUAAUAAGAUUAGAUGAGGCUUUUCAUUUAAUAUUUGUUUUUAUCAUUCAUUUUAGUAAAAGCUGAUGUGAUUCCAGUGUCAUUCACUAAGAGCUGAUUGAGGGAAAACAGAAGAUGGCAAAAAUGAUUCUUCUGAGGGACCUUUGUCACCCAAAGAAGUUGUUGCUGUACCAUUGUUUUCAGUAUCAGCAACAAGUUUCAAACCGUCAUUAAAUACCAAUUAUGACACUUUGUUAUCAAACAACCAGGACAUACAAAGUAUGUGACAACUUUAAAAUCGACCUUUUUUGGUUACACAACUAUACAAACUAUACCUGCCACUUGGUCUUGUCAUGACCAGAAUUUCCGAAAAUGCCUCAACAUCUUCAGAAUACUUCCAUUGAUGACAUUGAUUCCAUUGAGACUUUCAAACUUAGCUGGAAAUGUCCGAAGAUGUUUUGA